CCUUGAAAUAUCAAAACUAAGGUAGGUUUAUCACCAACAGCUAAAUAGCCAACUCCUGAAAUGCCUUUAACCAUUGCGGAUAUUGUAUUUAAUGAGCAAGCAAAUCACAACUUCUCAAAGACACUUGGUGAAAUCAAACGAGCCACUCUAUCUAUCCACAAUCGGCUUCGAUCUAUUCUCGAAGAUGCAGAAUUUGCCGAAUCUGUUGCAAAUGCCUACGAUAGGCCGCUUGUAGCAAAUGAAAGAUGUGGCAGCUGGUACAUUGAUCCGAAUAAGAAAGGAGGCAGUGCAUACUUCAAAAGUACAGAUGGCCAUACAGGUGUCUGGAAGUUUAGCUCGCGAAGAUUGAAUUUACAUCUUUUAGAAAUAAUCGGAGAUAAUGACGGGUGUGUACUAAAGUAAAAUUUAUUGAGCUACAGGCUGAAAGUUUCAUGCAGAUGUAUCAUUGUAGAUUCUACUAGGCGCGGAAAGCGUCAGUCAUCCUUGCAUUCUUUUUUCUUCUCAGGUAUACUAAUAAUUGAAAGGUAUGCCCGAUGCAUUAAGCAAAACAAUACCAAUAUGGUGUUGUGUAUUGAACCGCGUCUUUUUCCCUAGCAAUCCAACUGCCCAUAAGCUGUACGCUCCACCACAGGUAGUUUCGGAUUCCGAGCAUGCUCAAAUGACAAACUUGCUUCCUCAAUUCGUACAAGCAUUUCAAGCUCUCAAUCUACCUAUUGAAACUUUCAGAGGUAAACUUCGCAAGCCAAUCAGACCAAUUUGGGUAACUCCCGAGUCUCAACUAUCUAAUACAGACGAUAUCUUUGAAGAUUUUCACCCUGUAAUCUGUUGUACGGUUUCGCGAAGGGUUGCUGGGGGAGAAGUUAGCGAGGGGGGUUAUAUACAGGGGGCAGGAGAUGAUACCGAGAAUUGGGCUCAUGGACUCACUCCGAAUAUUUUCUGGACGAACCAACAUCAAUUAUUUGAAACAUCUGAAGAAGAUCUACCCGAGCUUAUUGAGACGUUAAUAGACCAAUCUAGCUCUUCUCUAGGAUCUAACACCAAACUACGCCUCGUAAAACCUACUUCAUGUCUUUCAAUUUCGACGUUAGAUGGCGUUUCAUCUCUGGAAAACAUUACCGGUACGUGCACUAUCAUACUAUUGCCCAAGGUCACACCCAGAGAUACAUGGCACACCUCUCCCACACGAAUGGACAUCGGUCUCGGAAGCAAAAAAGUAGGCAGCAAGAAUCUCCGCGCAGCCCUCAAAGACAUCACCUCAUUCAUCAUGCAAACCCUCCAAAACCUCACAGACUCACCAUCACACGAACCCUCCACCCCACACUCACAAAUAACCAUAGCAUGCGAAUCAGGACAAGAUCUCUCAAUUGGUGUCGCACUGGCUCUACUCUGUCUCUAUUUCAACGAUAAUGGUGCGUUGGAAUUGAGAAGUGAGGAGGAUCUUUCGACGGUUAAUAAGGAUUUUAUUCGUAGGAGAUUAUCGUGGAUUUCGACUUCGAUGCCGGAUGCUAAUCCGAGUCGGGCGACGUUGCAGAGUGUUAAUAGUUUUUUGAUGUCGUCUUGAUGUUAUCUUACUUGCUUUGUUGAUAUAUGGAGUGUGUAUUGCUUGAUUAUUCAUUUUAUUUAUUCUUUAUGGGUGAAUGGUGAAUGGUGAAUGGUAAUU